CAGCUAUAAAAGGAAGCACUAAGACGACCUCUUAGGUUUUUUGCUGUCACACCCAUAUCCCCCUCUUCCCGAAGAGCGUGAGAGAGAGAGACAGAGAGUGAGCAAAUAUGCCGGCUGGUCACGGCCUGCGUUCUCGUACACGAGAUCUCUUUGCCAGGCCCUUCAGGAAGAAGGGGUAUAUCCCUCUCACCACUUACUUGAGGAGUUAUAAGAUCGGUGAUUAUGUUGACGUCAAGGUUAAUGGGGCUAUCCACAAGGGUAUGCCCCAUAAGUUUUACCAUGGCCGCACUGGCCAAGUCUGGAAUGUCACCAAGCGCGCCAUCGGCGUUGAGAUCAACAAGCAGGUUGGCAAUAGAAUCAUCAGGAAGAGGAUUCACGUGCGUGUGGAGCAUGUGCAACCUUCAAGGUGCACUGAGGAGUUCCGCCUGAGGAAACUGAAGAAUGAUGAACUGAAGGUUGCGGCAAAGGCCAAAGGUGAGGUCAUUAGCACAAAGAGGCAGCCACAGGGCCCUAAACCGGGUUUUAUGGUGGAAGGUGCAACAUUGGAGACUGUCACUCCCAUUCCUUACGAUGUUGUCAAUGAUCUUAAGGGUGGUUACUAACUUACUAGGUCUUUUCUAUUGUCUUUUCUUAUUUGGAUUUGUGUUUUUUUGUUAGUUUCAUAACUUUGGGAAAGGUACUCAGAUUUUAUGCAUGCUCUUUGCUAUAUUCAAAUUUUGGUUGAAUGUUGGAUCUUA